AAAUCUCUUGAAAGGGUAUUCACUAACCACCUGAAGUUGUGUUUUUUUUGUUUGUUUGUUUGAUAUUGGGGGGAGUGGGGAGGGAGGUGGUUGUAUUUCUAUUUGUCUCUGGCAAUAUUUUUCCCCCUUCUUCCCAGUGUUGACCAAGUGUGGCUUGUCCACUACUUUGGUGCUAUUUCAAGCUCUCUGACCCUCUUGGAGGCAGCUGAUGCCUUAGAAAUACUUUCACCAACUAAAGGGCAAGAUACCCUGCUUCCUUGAGGUCACGAUCUGUGCUCCAUAUCCAGAUCUUCUGAUUGCUUGAGUUGCUCCUGAAACUGUUUCCCAAAUGGCAACACAAUAUGUUGCUUAAGGCCUGCCAAGUAGGGGUAACUUUUCUUUCCAAAUAUAUUUUGUCAAAAUUAAUAUAUAUGUCUAUUUAAAAAUGUUGAUACAACUAUUUUGUAUUUUUUAAGUGUUUCUUUUCUUGAGCAUUGUCUUUUUUUUUUAAACUUCACAUGAGAUCGUUAUUUCUCUCCAAUGCUUUUUUAAUGGCUCUAAUAUAAAAUGAAGGGAUUACUGUUUUCAUUUUGUUGCCUUCAGUCUUAGUUCACAUGCACAUGGAUUCACAUAAACUGAAUGGUGUAAUGUCUGGGCAACCAAAACUGUUGGCUUUUGAGAAAACUGUCAAAUACUUUAACAUCAAACUGUUGCAAUGCAAGAUCAUUUCCAUGUCUUUGUUGGUGAUCUCAGUCCAGAAAUAACAACUGAAGAUAUAAAAGCUGCAUUUGCGCCAUUUGGAAGAAUAUCAGAUGCCCGAGUGGUAAAAGACAUGGCAACAGGAAAAUCUAAGGGCUAUGGCUUUGUCUCCUUUUUCAACAAAUGGGAUGCGGAAAACGCCAUUCAACAGAUGGGUGGCCAGUGGCUCGGAGGAAGACAAAUCAGAACUAACUGGGCAACCCGAAAGCCUCCAGCUCCAAAGAGUACAUAUGAGUCAAACACCAAACAGCUGUCAUAUGAUGAGGUCGUAAAUCAGUCUAGUCCAAGCAACUGUACUGUAUACUGUGGAGGUGUCACUUCUGGGCUAACAGAACAAUUAAUGCGCCAGACUUUUUCGCCAUUUGGACAAAUAAUGGAAAUUCGAGUCUUUCCAGAUAAAGGAUAUUCAUUUGUUCGAUUCAACUCACAUGAAAGUGCAGCACAUGCAAUUGUUUCUGUUAAUGGAACUACUAUUGAAGGUCAUGUUGUGAAAUGCUAUUGGGGCAAAGAAACUCUUGAUAUGAUAAAUCCCGUGCAACAGCAGAAUCAAAUUGGAUAUCCACAACCUUAUGGCCAGUGGGGCCAGUGGUAUGGAAAUGCGCAACAAAUUGGCCAGUAUAUGCCUAAUGGUUGGCAAGUACCUGCAUAUGGAAUGUAUGGCCAGCCAUGGAACCAGCCAGGAUUUAAUCAGACACAGACUUCUGCGCCAUGGAUGGGACCAAAUUUUGGAAUGCAGCCACCUCCAGGACAGAACGGCAGCAUGUUACCUAAUCAGCCUGCAGGGUAUCGAGUGGCAGGGUAUGAAACCCAGUGAAAAAGGACUCCAGAAUCUAAAGCCAGUGGCUUGAGGCUACAGAGAGUGUAGUAAAGCCGUUGUUUACUUAAAGAUUUAAUCAAAUCAGUCAGUGCAAAUGUCAGAUACAAUGUAUUUAUUUAAAACAUUCAUUUUUUAAUCAUGAAAUUACUUAACCAUCCAUAUUGUUUUAAAAAGAAACAAGAUGCUGGAUGUCUGCCAAUUUUUGCCUUCAUUACCUUUUUAAUAAAGUUUCUCAGAUCCUUGUUUCAAACACAAAUGCAGGGAUUGCUGCCACUUUUUAAAAAUUAGGAGGCAGAAAAUUGCACAACGUUGAACUUUUUUCCACUAAAGUAGUGUGCAGUUCUAGUUUGCAUUCCUGAUAUGAUUUAAAACAUGUAAUAUAAAGAUAUAAAAACAAAACACGAAAAACCAAAACUGUGCAGAGUCUAGAAGUUCUUUAUAAUCUUCAGCUUGUGCACAAUUCUGUUUUAGGUCUUUUUACAAAGGUUUGUUUGAACUAUCCCAUCUCCACUGUUUUCCCUUUGGGGUUUUUUAAUAUAAAUUAUUAGUUUACAUCAUUUUUGUAUCUACAUUUUUUUCACAAAUUUGUCUUGCCUUAUUAAAGUUCUGUAUAAUAUACUUAAAUGGAAAAACAAAUGUUCACUUAGAUUGAAAACUUUUCUCAGAUGGAUUGUUAAUUGCAUUCAUCUUGUGUUUUAUAUGAGAAGGUGCCUCAAGAACUCCCUGUUGACUUUGUUUAAAAGAAUUUUUAUCUUCUGUGAUAAAUUUUGUUGUGUACCAGAAAAUAUAAAAACAAAAAACUUGUUACUAAAAAAAUCUCUGAAAUGUGAUAAGUUCUUAUGAACUGUGCUAAUUUCAUGUGUCAACUUUUACAUUUACGUGUAUUAUUUCAUUAUGUACAAUGUUUUAGCAGUUUAAUAUUUUGCACAGUUAGCAAACUUUGUAUGUCAUUUCCUUCUUAAAGGUAUCAUGCAGAGUUGACAGGAGAUUUGUAAGGUUUUAAGUUGUUUGCAUGUGAUUAUCAAAUACACACUUUGGUAGUCUUUGAAUACAAAGUCAUCUGCUCUUGUUUUUCGAGAAUUUUUAGACAAAGUUGUAUGUAAAGGAAUAUAUUAAUUUGCCAUUUUCUAGUUUGUAUUUACUCAAAAAGAGUAAAUCAACUUAAUUUUAAUAUGUACAGAUAAUAGCUGUGAAACUGUAGAAUAUCCUUAGGUCAGGCGUGGGGUUCGUUGUGAACACCAAAAUUAGCCUGAAGGACCAGCCGGGCAAAGCAUUUUUUAAAUAUUCAGAGGCCAAAAGAUAAACAAAAAAACCUUUAAAAUCCUACCUCCUUAAACAGCCUUCAAAGAGGAGAAUCCUCAGUGCAAUCAUUAUUUUGAUUCUUUUGGUACCUGUUUUCCUGGAGUUCCCAAUUUUAUUAUAUUUUGGGGUGGCUCCGAGCAUUAAGAGAUUUAAUCUUUGAUAGCAUUGUUCUAGUUUUUGAAAUUUCUAGUACAUUUCAGAGUUUCUUAGAAUAGUUUUGUUUUGUUUUCAGUGCAAGUCACAAACUCCCUUCCUUGACUCACAAAGGGAAAGGGCCCCAGUAUACAUAUUUGGAUGGUCAGUUGUUUUUAAGAGCUUCAGAUAGCUCCUAGUACGUUAUUUAGGAACAGAAAAGGCCUGUUUCUUCUAAAGGGGAACAAGUGACUCUAAGCUGGUCUCCAAGCCAAUACUCUUGUAAACCAGAGCCCAGGAAAGACAACUCACUAGUAUAUUAUUCUCUGGAGCUCAAUUCUAUGCAGUUGUACUAAUGUUUCAUUAAGUCACUGUGUAUUUUUAAGUGUUGCUACAUUAAAAGUUGCUUUAUGAAAGAUGAGUAAAUUUUUUAAAUACUUGGAAAUUUUAUUUCCUUGUUAACUUCUACAGAUCAGGACAUGCAACCAAAAGCAGUGUAAGUGAAAUAACUCAAAAAAUAAAAUAUCAGGAAGCUAUUUUUAAAUUA